UUCCCCCUCCCGCCCUGUCAACCGCCUGCGCCCGCGCGCCGCCCGCCAGCUCGCCGGCCCGGAGCGCCGAGGGCCGCCCUGAGCCAUCACCGCGGCCCGAGGACGUGGUGAGCUGUGGCGCUUCCGCGUCCGCGCCGCCCGCCGGCCGGGGGGACUCUCCGGGAGCGCGCCGGGGCCUCAGCCCGCUCGGCUCCGCGCGGGGCGCCCGCCCGGGCUGCGCCAGGUGGGGGGCCUCGGCCGCGUCGUGCGCCCGGCUGCUGCCGCGGCCCGCCCGCCUCCCCGCUCGUCCCCGGGAGUUGACCAAGCCUCAAUGAAGAGCUUCUCGCCGUGAAAAGAAAAUAGGUCGCACCCAUUAAAAAUGCCUUUGAGGGACAAGUACUGUCAAACUGACCACCACCAUCACGGAUGCUGCGAACCAGUUUAUACCCUGGAGCCCGGAGAUCCUCCUCUGUUACAGCAACCACUACAGACAUCCAAAUCUGGUAUUCAGCAAAUAAUUGAGUGCUUUCGAUCAGGAACCAAACAACUUAAACAUAUUUUGUUAAAAGAUGUGGACACUAUUUUUGAAUGUAAAUUAUGCCGUAGUCUCUUCAGAGGAUUACCAAAUUUAAUUACCCAUAAGAAAUUCUACUGCCCACCAAGUCUCCAAAUGGAUGACAACCUUCCUGAUGUAAAUGAUAAGCAAAGCCAAGCCAUAAAUGAUCUUCUAGAAGCCAUAUAUCCAAGAGUGGACAAGAGAGAGUAUAUUAUUAAGCUAGAACCCAUAGAAACCAAUCAGAAUGCAGUGUUUCAAUAUAUUUCAAGGACUGAUAAUACUGCUGAAGUCACAGAGUCAAGCAGUGCGCCUGAACAAACUGAAGUUCAGAUCCAGGAGACAAGUACGGAGCAGCCGAAAGCAGUCCCGGACACAGACACAGACACAGACGUGGUGGGAGCCGUGGAAGCUCCUCCUGUAGAGAUUGUUGUAGACGAAGCUGCACCCCCCGCCGAGGAGCAACCUCGGGAAUCACAGGCUGACUUGGAAACGUCUGAUAGUUCUGACCUUGGUCACCAGUUGAUAUGUUGUCUUUGUAGAAAAGAAUUCAAUUCUAGACGAGGUGUUCGUCGUCACAUUCGGAAAGUACACAAGAAAAAGAUGGAAGAACUAAAGAAGUACAUUGAAACACAAAAGACUCCAAACCAGACUUCGAAAGGACGCAGUAAGGGUGUUCUAGUUUCAUUAAGUAGGAGUUGUCCAGUUUGUUGUAAAUCAUUUGCUACAAAAGCGAAUGUAAGGAGGCAUUUUGAUGAAGUUCAUAGAGGACUGAGGAGGGAUUCAAUUACUCCUGAUAAAGCAACAAAGCCUGGGCAACCUUUGUUCCUGGAUCCCGCUUCUCCUAAAAAAUCUUUUAAGACUCGAAAACAAAAGUCUCCAAAGGCUGAAUACAAUUUAACUGCAUGCAAAUGCCUCCUUUGCAAGAGGAAAUAUAGUUCACAAAUAAUGCUUAAGAGACAUAUGCAAAUUGUCCACAAGAUAACUCUUUCCGCUGCAAACUCCAAACGAGAGAAAGGCCCAAACAAUACUGCCAACAGUUCAGAAAUAAAAGUUAAAGUUGAACCCACAGAUUCUGUAGAAUCUUCACCCCCUUCUCUUACCCAUUCUCCACAGAGUGAAUUAAAGGGAACAAAUCAUUCAAACGAGAAAAAGAGCACACCGGCAACACAGAAAAAUAAAGUUAAACAAGACUCUGAGAGCCCUAAAUCAGCUAGUCCUUCUGCUGCAGGUGGCCAACAGAAAGCCAGGAAACCAAAACUUUCAGCUGGCUUUGACUUUAAGCAACUUUACUGUAAACUCUGUAAACGCCAGUUUACUUCCAAGCAGAACUUGACUAAACACAUUGAGUUGCACACAGAUGGAAAUAACAUUUAUGUUAAAUUCUACAAGUGUCCUCUCUGUACUUAUGAAACUCGUCGGAAACGUGAUGUGAUAAGACAUAUAACUGUGGUUCAUAAAAAGUCAUCUCGCUACCUUGGGAAAAUCACAGCCAGUUUAGAGAUCAGAGCUAUAAAAAAGCCCAUUGAUUUUGUUCUAAACAAAGUGGCAAAAAGAGGCCCUUCAAGGGAUGAAGCGAAACAUAACGACUCAAACCCUGAUGGCACUUCCAAUUCUCCUAAUAAAAAGUAUGAAGUAGCUGAUGUCGGCAUUGAAGUGAAAGUCACAAAAAACUUCUCUCUUCACAGAUGCAAUAAGUGUGGAAAGGCAUUUGCCAAAAAGACUUACCUAGAACAUCAUAAGAAAACACAUAAGGCAAAUGCUACCAAUUCACCUGAAGGAAACAAAACCAAAGGCCGAAGUACAAGAUCUAAGGCUCUUGUCUGAUAACUUCAAGUGAUGUACGAAAAGGUUUGGAGUUCAUUUUUGUGGAAAGACUUUAAGUUGUUAGAACCACUAAACGUCUUCACAUGGUACUAUGAGGAAAAAAAAAAAAAAGAACAUUUUCAUAAAUUUUCAACUGUAACUGCUGAUUUCUGACUAAAACAAUAACCAUCUAACCAGUUUCUAAGGCAAUGCCCAUCCUAGCACUUUUGAGUAGCUGUGAUAUUAUAUAGUGUCUUCAUAGACCUUGUACAUAUGGUCUACAGUUUCUACAAAAAUGUUGGGAAUUUUGCUUUCCAAUUAAUUUGUUGAUUAAAAUGAUCAACAACCUUAAGAAAAUAAUAGUUUUUAAUUGAUAGAAACUUUGUAUUCUUAGUGGUUUAAGUUUAUUUCACUUUACAUGCAAAAUUUUAUCUAGAUUAUAUAGGUAAAUAUGAUUUUUGUAGAAAGUAUGUUAGGAUCAAAAGAUAAAUUACUAUCAAUAUAUUAUGAAUAUUUAGUAGCCUACUGAAUAUUUAUAAUUAUUUUGCAUCCACUUAUAUUUGAGUUUUCUUUAGCACUUAAAUGUUUGAAAGUUUUAUUCUAAAAUAUAUACUACAAAGAAAGUUCCAGUUCAUUUUGUGCAUAGAUCAUUAUUACAUUUAUCAUUUGUAAACAUUAGGAGUUUUUAUGAAGAUUAAACAUUCCCCUAUUUUUCUUUAAAUUUUAUAUGAAGCACUUUAAUGAUAGAUGCGAUCUUAUUUCUCAGUUCCUAUUUUUUUAAAGAACACACAUUUACUAAUGUUUAUAUGAAGGUAAUAAAUAGUUUACUAAUAAUAUCUUAUAGAUGCAGACAAUCCAUAUGCAACCACUUAUGUUUCUAGUUUAUUUCUUUAAAUGUUGCUGAAAAAGGAAGAUAGGGAUGUCCAUCCUAAAUUUUUUCUCCCAAGGAAAAAUUUUAAAUGACCACUUUAGAUAAUAUUUGAUUCCUACUGUAAAAUUAAAAAUAAUGAAUUCUUGUCCAUCUUUUGUAAUCACGAUUUUAGGAAAAAAAGAAAUACAUCUAUCUUUAUGAAAUUUUGGGCAGGUUUUUGUGUAUCAAUAUUUUGUACUUUUAGGAAAUAAUUUUAUUUUUUAGUAAUUUGUGUCAAAUUAUUUUAAAAGGUACUGCAGAAAAUAUACCAUGUUUUUAUGUAGGUUCACAGCUGUACUUAGAAUGGACCCUGUCCAUCUGUAUACUUUUUGUAUAAAUUUUUAAAUGUCAAGAUCUAGAAGGUCAUAAUAAAAUGCUUCUAUAGUUAGAAAUACAUUUACCCUUCUCAGUGCUUUGCACUAAAAUAUACUGUGAAAGGAAAUUAGAAAGACUGUAAUUGUUGCUGGAAAUGUUCUAUAUUGAAUGUACAUGUUUUUGUUGGGAAAAUGUACUAUAUAUGAUGAAAAUAAACCGGACUAAAAUUUAUUUCAGCUAAAUGUGCUUCAACACAGGUACAUUGGUUGAAACUUAAUGUUUUAUUAUUACAUUUACUCAGUGACUAUGAGCAGCUACACUUGAAUUAUAUCCUGAUAGUUUUAUUUUUAAGAAGUAAUGAUUUUUCUUUAAUUUAAAAACAUAACUUUUCCACAGAUGGAAAAUUUGUACUUAGAGGUCUAACUUUAAUGACUCAUAGCAUAAUAUAUUUAGGGACCAAAUGUGUAGUGGGUGGCAUUUAAUUUAUAAGCAUCUUCAUUAGUUGCACAUUAUUAAACCUGUAUUUUUGACAUUU